UUCACACCUCGACAUGAACGAUUUCCCUCAAGACCUCAUCGCCAACGUCCUUUCCUUCACAGGGUCGUGCGAAUCAUGCAGCCUUGUCGUCGUCUCCGCCACUUUCUGGAUCUCUUCCCUCUCCAACAUCGUCUGGGACCGUGUUUCUCCUCCGGACCACCUCGCCAUUCUCUCCCGAACCGCCAACGAUGACAAAGGCUAUGAUUCUAACUUGGCCUCCAACGAGGAUCUCUUCCUCCGCCUAUGCCAACACCCCAUUAUCAUCGAUGAGAAUGCUCGUUGCCUGCAUUGUGAUGGAUUUGAGAUUGAGGAUUUUCUGGAUUGGGAAACAUUUUGAGAGAGAGAGGCGAAUUAGUAGAGAAGAGCGGACAAUGAAUCGUAAGAUUUUUG